AUGUCAAUUCGGUCAGACGAAGUGAACUACUUGAUUUAUCGGUAUUUGGUAGAAUGUGGGUUCGAGCAUACAGCAUUUAUAUUUUCACAUGAGAGCAUGAUUGAUCAAGUUAAAGUGGAGGAUGACCAGGUGAAGCCAGGAGCGCUAAUAUCACUGCUCCAGAAGUCUUUGCAAUAUAUGGAAUUAGAAGCACAUGUGAACGAUAAUGGCGAGGAAGUGGAUUGUAUUGCUCCAUUUUCUCUUCUUGCGCCGCAUGUGUGUGUUUCUGGGAAGCGAGAAAUGGAAACGAGUGCAAUGGCAGUGGAAGAGUCCGAUUCCAAAGAAAUUCCCCAAUCCAAAAUCGAAGUUCUUGAAGGCCACACGAAAUCUGUAAUCGUGUUUCUUUCCCUUUAUCUCAGGUCUAUUUCUGCAAAUGGUGUCCAGACAGUGAUGUUCUUGCCACCGCGUAGCUUUUUCCUCCCCCUCUCUCACAUCACAGAUCAGCCGAUUCGACCGCUCGCUUGUGGCCCCGUCUGCGCCCACACCGCCCUCUCCAACGGCGUGAACUACAUCUCCGCCAUCGAUUGGUCCAACCGCGGGGAAUCGCUCCUCACCGCCUCCUACGACGGGGAAGUGCGCGUCUGGGACCGCCAAGGCGGCCUAACCGCGGAAAUCUGCACGCUGCAAAACCCCGUUUUAACCGCGAGUUUUUCUCCCGCCAACUCGAUCCUGGUCACCGGCGCGCUGCCCUACGUGUACGUCUACGAGCCCUCGGCCACGGGGUGGAGUCUGAAAUUCGACACAAUUUCGCUGAACCGGCUGGAAUCGGAGCGGAGCGGCAAGACGGCGAUCCAGCCGCACGCGGUGAUUUUGGACUCGGUGUGGCGCGACAGCGGGAGUUUCUCUCUGUUAGACAACAAACAUCAAAUCAUCAACGUGUAUCUCCCCGCCUCCGGAAAGCCGCACAUCCAAGUGCUUCCUGGCCACGAGGGCGAGGUCAACAGCAUCGCGUGGACCGGGAAUAAGCGGGUAUUGGUGUCUGGCGGCGAGGACGGGCUGAUCAAACUGUGGAACGAUGAGAAGGCGAGCGCAGUGUUCGAGUACAGCUGCCACAAGGGCGAGGUGAUGCAGGUGGUGGCGUCGAAGACGGCGAGCAGUCAGUUUUAUUCAUGCAGUCGAGAUCGAAGCGUGAAAGUGUUCGACGUGACGAGCGCGAGCGCGAUUUCGAGCUUUGCGGAGCAUGAAGCGGCGGUGGUGCGGAUCGCGCAGUCGAACGGGGAGUUUGGGAAGAUUGUGGCGAGCGCGGGAGAGGACCGCGAAGUGAUUUUGUUCGAUACGACGUCGAAUGAGGUGGCGAGGAGGUUUAAGGCGGGGAACAGUGUUUAUGAUAUGCAGUUCUGUGGUAGUGGGGAGAAGUUGAGCUUGGCCACGAUCGAUUCGCAGGUUUAUUUGUUGGAUAUUCGCGUUUAA